AUGGCCGCAAACAGCACCGCCGGCUAUGCCACUGGAGCUGGCAGCGACGACGCUGAACUGCGCCGAAGAAAUGUUACCAGCUAUGAAAAUGUCAAUGGACAGCAUGUCUACAAAGUGGAGGCAGAAGAUACCAAGAAGCUCCAAAAAGCUCCAACCGGUUUUCUCCAGAUCCUCGACGAGUGGGAGUGGGUGAUCGCGCCGGUCAUCUUCACAGCCUUUGCCCUGUUCACGAGGCUGUGGAAGAUCGGACUCUCUCCUAUUGUCACUUGGGAUGAAGCACAUUUCGGCAAGUUUGGGUCUCAUUACCUUAAGCGAGAGUUUUACUUCGAUGUCCAUCCCCCGCUUGGAAAGAUGCUUGUUGGACUAUCAGGUUAUCUGGCCGGCUACAACGGGUCGUUCGAAUUCAAGUCUGGCGAAACAUACCCUGAAGAUGUUAACUACACCUUUAUGCGAAUUUUCAACGCCAUGUUCGGAGUCGUCACUGUUCCUUUGGCAUACUACACGGCAAGGGAGCUGAACUUCCGCCGCCCUGCAGUUUGGCUGGUCACCCUCAUGGUCUUGUGCGAAAACUCCUAUGCAACCAUCUCUCGAUUCAUCCUCCUCGACUCAAUGCUGCUCUGUUUCACAUUCACUACCAUCCUUUGCUGGGCACGCUUCCACAGAUUGCAACAUAAGAGCUUCUCUCCGGAAUGGUUCUUGUGGCUGUUCUUGACCGGACUCAGUAUUGGCUGUGUCUGCAGCGUGAAAUGGGUUGGUCUUUUCGCCACGGCUCUUGUUGGUCUCUACACUGCUGAAGACCUGUGGAACAAAUUCGGUGAUCUGAAGAUGCCCAAGACGGAACUCGCCGCUCAUGUUGUUACGCGAGUGGUGGGGUUGAUUGUUAUUCCCAUGCUUGUAUACAUGUUCUCGUUCUACCUCCACUUCCUCAUCCUCGAGAAUUCAGGCCCUGGCGAUGCUCAAAUGUCCUCGUUGUUCCAAGCCAAUCUGCGCGGAACUGAGGUUGGGAAAGACUCGCCCCUGGAAAUCGCUCUGGGCUCCAGGGUGACCAUCAAGAAUAUGGGCUACGGCGGUGGGCUGCUUCACUCGCACGUCCAGACAUAUCCGGAAGGGAGUGGUCAGCAGCAAGUCACCUGUUACCACCACAAAGACGCCAACAACGACUGGUUCUUCUGGCCAAACAGGAGUCAACCCGAAUUCGACCCGGAAGGACCGUUGAGCUUCAUUUCUGACAAGCAAGUCCUUCGGCUUAUUCAUGCCCAAACCGGCCGGAAUCUUCACUCCCAUACGGUCCCUGCCCCAGUCACCAAAUCCGAUUGGGAAGUAUCUUGUUACGGCAACACAACCGUUGGAGACGAAAAAGACCAUUGGCAGGUAGAAGUUGUCAGUGACGCCGCCUCAUCUGAUCGAUCUCGUAUACGCACCUUGACAACGGCUUUCAGACUGAAACACGUUGAACUGGGAUGUUAUCUGCGCGCUGGCACUGUCAAUCUGCCUCAAUGGGGUUUCAAGCAGAUCGAGGUAACAUGCACCAAGGCCAACAACCCCCGGGAUGUCUACACUCACUGGAAUGUGGAGUCUCAUGUCAACGAACGACUUCCUCCUGGCGACGCCAAAAGCUACCGAUCACCAUUCUUGAAGGAUUUUAUUCAUCUCAACGUGGCAAUGAUGACAUCCAACAAUGCACUCGUCCCUGAUCCCGAUAAACAAGACGAUUUGGCGUCCAAAUUCUGGCAAUGGCCUAUUCUACACGUGGGCCUUAGGAUGUGCUCGUGGGACGAUCACAUCACCAAAUACUUCCUUCUCGGUAACCCCAUCGUCUACUGGGGUUCAACGGCAUCGCUGGGUGUGGCAGCACUUAUUGUUGUCUGGUAUCUGAUCCGAUGGCAGAGAGGGUACAAUGAGUUGAGCCGGGCCGACAUCGACCAGAUCCACUAUUCUGGAAUCUACCCCGUGAUCGGUUGGUUCUUGCACUACCUGCCUUUCGUGGUUAUGGGACGAGUCACAUACGUGCACCAUUACUAUCCGGCUCUCUAUUUCGCCAUUUUGGUCGCAGGGUUCUGCCUGGACUGGACUACACAACGACUGAACAAGAAGGUUCGGUGGGGAAUCUAUAUCGCUCUCUAUGCUGUUGUGAUUGGGCUGUUUGUCUUGUUCAGCCCUAUCGUGUUCGGCAUGCAAGGGAGCAACCGCAACUACGCAUACCUGCGAUGGUUCGACCGAUGGAGGAUCUCCGACGCGCGGAUGGGCGAGAAAUAA